AUGCUCGUCCUGCGCGUCGCGUUGGAGGUGUCUGGGCUGAAUCGAGCUGGGGAACAACUUGGCAGCAACAGCAGCCGAAGACGACUUGCUACUGGCCAUGGUGGUCGAGCAGAAAGAAACGUGUCACGCGUCAGUCACGCCACGUCUAUUCGCUUACAAGUGAUCCCUCAAAAGCUGGCGACACAAAAACAGCAUCAACGUCACCAGUCACUCGCAAAUUCGCAAGCGCAAGCGGAGCCCAUGCUGCUGGAGGCUAAUGAUGAGGCGGCAGUGAAUGUAGUUGAUACUAUGGAGGUCGAGCAUCUACCACCCCCACCACCUACGACAGCGCCAUUGCAAUCUCAAGCUCAAAUCCAAGACGAACCCAUGCUACCCAUUCCCAAUCGAUCUCCUGGUCCUCGCAGGUCCACCCGAAUAGCGCAACAACCCAUUCGAACAGUCCCUGAUGUACUUCCCGCCGCUACACGCAUUCCACUUCCCCAACUGCGCGAAAUCGACACAAUGCGAUCUCCUUCCCCGACCUUACCGGUGGUAGAUGUACUCGUCGCCGCCUCCAGCAACACCUUGCCUGUACCAGGCGUAUACGUCGCUACAGAGCCCGACGACUUCGGUGUCUUUGCUGUUUUCAAAGAAUUGCCGCAAUGCCUGCCAACGACAAACGGCGAAGACGAGGCCUUUGAUGCAGCCACUUUCAACGUGACUCCUGAAGUCCCACAUGGUUCCUGUGGGCCAUUCAAGAACUGGUCGAUCUUCUCGUUGCUACACUGGGCAUAUGACACGACUGUAGUUACUGCAUCUUCCCUCAAUAAACUCGUUCAUGAUGUUAUCCUCGAGCCCCGUUUCAAUCGCGAACACCUCAACGGCUUUAACGCGCACCGUGAGAUGAGAAGACUUGAUGAGUCGAUGGCUGGUGGGUCCACACCUGGCGAAGAAGAUGCUAGUUCAGAUCCAGAGCACCCGCAGGAUGAAUGGCGAGAGGGAAACAGUUCGUCUGGCCUUGCCAAAGCCAGGAGCCAAGCUGCUGAAGCUGAGGCACCACUUUUCGAGGUUGCUGGAAUGGCGGAAAUGAACAUCAAGGGCCAUAUCCUGAUGGUUAAUUCCAGUCAUGGACCCGAACGCGUUCACGGAGAAGCUUACACGGCUGAUGCUCUCCUUCAAUUUGAGGAAGAAAUCCGUAACCGUCCUGAUGCUGACAGCUGUACGUUGGAGACCGUGGUGGUGGCUUGGAUUAUCCACUCAGAUGCGACACAUCUUGCGAACUUCGGAACUGCUUCUAUGUGGCCGAUAUAUGGCUGGGUCGCAAAUUACUCGAAAUAUUUGCGGGCUAAACCUUCGAAAAUGCUGGCUCGUCAUCUGGCAUAUAUUCCGAAGGUAGUCCUAUCCUCUUGGCUCCCCGAUGAAGUCUACGAUGAAUACCAUCGUGUUUACGGGACAGCUCCUACCAGAACUGUCAUCGCACAGCUGCGAAGAGAUCUAUUCCAGGCAGUAUGGCGACUUAUCCUAACGCCUGAACUUGCUCGUGCAUAUUGUCAUGGCGAGCCAGCGACUUGUGGAGAAGGUACUCGACGACAAGCAUUUAUUCGCUUGUUGAUCAACUCCAAUGACUAUCCCGAGAAGAUGCUUCUGGCUGCUAUUCGCACAAUGACACCCUUCAUUUGUCCCUGCUGUAAUACAACAGUGGACUUGAUGCACCUGAUGGGUACAAAGUCAGAUGCUGCACGACGCCAGAAGCUCUAG